AUGGCGGCGGCGACGCUGGCGGCGGCGCCGGCGGUGGCGACGCUACCGGAGCCGGGGCCAGUAGCAUCGGGCCCGUUGGCGUUUGUGCAUGCGACGCCCCUCCCGUCGCUGCCUCUGCCAGCGCUGCCAUUCGCAGUCGCCUACGCGCCCGCGGCUCCGGCGUGGCUGCUGGCGACGCCCCCGCCCUCGCCUCCGGUUUGGCCGGAGGGCGGCGGAGGGGGCGAGUUGGGCGCCCCCCUCGCCGCCUCGCCGCCGGCGCCAGAGCCGCUCGGCGCAGAUCCGAAGCCGCAGGCGGACGCGUGGGAGGCGCUGCGGACUGCGCCGAUGUACGCUGCUGUCGGCGGCGCUGGCAUCCUCGCGGUUGUUGGCGUCUUCAUCACGUAUAGGCCCGCCUUUCUCCUCGCCAUGGCGUGCGGUGUGGCCGGCGUGGGCGCUGUGUUGGCUUUCGACCUCGCCCGCUCGCGUUUGCUGCCCAAGGCGGGUUGCGCCGCCGCGCUGGCCGUCGCGGGGGAGCUGGCGGGGUUCCGCCAGAGGGAAGUCGAGUCGCAGGACGACGAGCUGGGCACUGCGGUCGUCUCGGGCGCCUUUGGCGUGUGGGUCGGCCUUCAGCCGGCCACGCAGCUGCCGGCUCCGCUCAAGUGGGCUGCCGUCGGCGCGCUGCUGCUGCUCGCUCUGUGCGCAGACGCGGUGGUCUACCGGGGCCAGCCGUUGCCGUCCGCGCUGUGGAAGAGCGAGCUCUGCCCCCUCCCGCUGCCCACGCCCCUCCACCUCUUCUGCGUGCCGCUCGUCGCCGGCGUCAGCGCGUUCGAUUUGCCUCCGCGCCUGGCGCCAGGCCUCGGUAGCUUGGCCAAGGUGCCGGGAGCACUGCUCGCGCCUCCCGACGGGUGGAGGCUGCACAUGCCAACGGUGGUGCUGCUUGGCGGGGUGUCUGCGAUCCUGCCGAUGGCGCUGAACGCGCGCGCGUACAUGGUCGAGUGGGGGGUUCCGACGGAGGAGCCGGCCCGGCAGGGUUUGUUUCUGUAUGUGGAUGAGCUGCCGACGGUGGACUGGGUGUUUUCGGCCGGCGUUGUCCCUUCCUCCAUCGUGCUCUCGGGCGCCGCGGUCUUUGCAGAAGGCGCCGCACUCUGUAGAAGCCGAACACGCCUUCAAUUCGCGCUCGAGCGGUCACGAGCCGCCCGUGGCGUCGCGCCGCGGGACGUCAAGUAUGUGCUCUCCUUCUUCUGGGCGAUCGCCGCCCUCUCGCUCGCGACUCUGAUCGGAGCGAGCUGGAGCACCCCGGCGGCAGAGAACGGCAGCAGCGUCGCCGCCUUCAACAGCCUGCGCGGCGCCGCGCACGAGCCGGCCGCGGCCCGCGCCGUGAGGCGGAUCUUGCUCGUGGUCUGCCCUCUCGCGGUCGCCGGCCACGCGCCGACCGCCGUCGUGCAGCUCGAGAUGGGCUACCGGCUGAGCUUGCCGCCGCUGAAGUUUGUGGCAGGCCUCUGCUGCGGGCUGAUGCACAGCCUGCAGCCGUACUCCCCCCCGCGGUCGCUGCUGCUGGCGGCCGUCGUCGCCACUCUCCUCUCCGCCAUCCACGCGGUUGCCUACUUGCGCACCGGCGACACGAGCUGGCUUGGGGGCGUCCCCCACCCUCUCGCCUUCCCCUUUGCCCUGCCGACGCUCUGCGCGCACGCCGUCACCUCCUUCCGGGGGCAAGCGGAGGAGUCGGCGGCGGAGGAGGCGGCGGCGGAGGCGGCGGGGGAGGCGGAGGAGGCGGCGGGGAGGGAGGCGGAGGAGGGGGAGGCGGGCUGCGCGGGCGCGGGCGCGGGCGGCGGCGCGGCGUCGGCGGGGAUGUUAGGCCGCUCUGCAAGCAUGACGUGUCACGGCGAGCCGGCCGCGCUGAUCAGCUCACCCGCCGGUGUGACUACUCUGCUCCUUAGGACGCGCGUCCGGGCAGAGCUCGAGGAGCGCCUGCGAAACGGCUUGCGGCCAACGGCGCGGGUCUGCGCCUUUUACGUCGCCGUCGCUUUUGGCGCAAUGCUCGGUGCACACGAGAAGCUCUCUUGCUAUAAUAGCACUAGCGGACCCGCGGCUCGCCGGCUCGGCGACGCGCGCUUUCUCUUUCUCUGGGGCUCGUUCCACGCGCCGAUGGGGCUGAGCCUCUGGGCUUGCUCGGCCGGCGGCGCAGCAAAGGCAAAGGCGCUGGCAUCGAAGCUUACGCUAGCUGGCGUCGAAGCCUAG